GGGAAGCCACUCUGCCUCCUUCCAUUCAUUUUGAUUCCGCAUUUUGUCUCUCUCCAAGUCAAAAGCUAUAAAAAAUAGAAAAAGGGUGGUGGUGGUGAUUUUGGGAGAUCCCUUUAAGGGAGCCUCAGAUUUCUUGCAAAAGGGGAAGGGGGAAAAAGGAUGUUUGUUUGGGAAGCUUGAUUUCCGCUCUCUUAAAUUCGGGGUUUUUUUUUUUAAAAAGGAAAAAAAUUGUGCGUGGGGAGGGGGACGCUGGAAAUAUUUUCUCCCCUCGUUUCUCUCCUUCGAUCUGCGGAUCUCUCCAUUUGUUUAUCGGAAAGCCCAGGCACGCACGCAGCUCCCAGCCUCUUCGGUGUUUUUAUUUAGAGAAAGGGAGGGAGGGAGAGAGAGGGAGAGAGAAGGGGAGCAAAAGAAAAGAUGGAGGUCGAAGAUGCGGACUGUUUGCUCCAAAGUGGUAUAUGUUUGCUACUUCUGGGUGACUGCAGGCAACGCUGAGCGCCGCGACCUUUCUCCAGCCUCUCGGAGUACUUUGGAGGAGGAAGAAGUAGUCUCAGGAGGGGGGAAAAGCGGGGGAAGUCUGUUACCUUAUUUUGCAGGCACCAAAACAGGCUUUUUCCCCCUGCCUCCCCUUCCCCCGUCUUGGUUUCUCAUUCAGAGGGGGACAGAACAAUUUCCUUCCUAAGGAGUGGGGAGAAGAGAUAAAAAACAACACCCCUUUGCUCCAAAACAUCUCUUAUUUUUUCACCUUUCCAAUUUCUUAUUUUCCCCUCCUCCCCUGAGUUUUUGAAGGAAGGGGAGGCUUAGAUUCCCCCUCCCCAUUAUUAUUUUUCUUGGGGAGGGGAGGAGAACUGAGGACUUAAAACUAUUGGGGUUUUGCGUGUGUAUAUAUAUCUAUCUAUCAAGAAAAGGCCGUUUUGCUCCAAAAUAAUAAUAACAAAAAAGAGGAAUGAAGUCAGGCGCCGGAGGAGGGUCUCUGACCUUAUUUGGGGGACUUCUGAUUAUCUUGACUGCAUUUUGCCUGUGGCCAGCAAAUGGAAAAAUUUGUGGGCCAAACAUUGACAUUCGUAACAAUGUGGAGCAGUUCAAGCAGCUGGACGACUGUACGGUGAUUGAAGGGUACCUCCGGAUUUUGUUGAUCAGCCAAGCCGAGGACUUCAGUCACUACCGCUUCCCAAAACUCACGAUGAUCACGGACUAUCUGCUGCUGUUCCGUGUUGCGGGCUUGGAGACCCUCAAAGACCUCUUCCCCAACCUCACAGUUAUCCGCGGCAAGAACCUUUUUUACAACUACGCAUUGGUCAUCUUUGAGAUGACUAACCUCAAGGAAAUUGGACUGUACAACCUGAGGAACAUAACCCGGGGGGCCAUCCGGAUCGAAAAGAAUUCUGACCUGUGUUACCUCUCUACCUUGGACUGGUCUCUGAUCUUGGAUGCUGUUUCCAACAACUACAUCGUGGGGAAUAAACCGCCAAAGGAAUGCGGGGACUUGUGUCCGGGGACAGCCGAGGAGAAGCCGCUUUGUGAGAAGACAUCCAUUAACAACGAAUACAGCUAUCGCUGCUGGACUUCCGGCCACUGCCAGAAAAUGUGUCCCAGCUCAUGUGGCAAACAUGCUUGUACUGACCAAAAUGAAUGUUGCCACCCGGAGUGCUUGGGAAGCUGUACGGCCCCAAACAACAACUCGGCAUGUGUGGCUUGUCGCAACUACUACCACGAUGGGACCUGCGUUGCUACCUGCCCGCUCAACACGUACAAGUUUGAGGGCUGGCGCUGCAUCACGAAGGAGGCCUGCUCCAAAGUGGCCUUGGAACACUUUGACUAUGACAGCUUUGUGAUUCAUGACGACGCGUGUGUGUCUGACUGUCCUCCUGGAUUUGUGCGCAAUGAUACUCAAAGCAUGUUCUGCAGCCCUUGCGAAGGACCCUGCCCCAAGGUGUGCCCCUUUGAAAAGACGAUAACCAUUGACUCUGUCACGUCAGCAGAGUUGUUACAAGGAUGCACAGAAAUCAAAGGGAGCCUCGUUAUCAACAUCCGCCGUGGAAGCAACAUUGCUUCAGAACUGGAGAACUUGAUGGGCUUGAUAGAAACAGUGACUGGCUAUGUGAAGAUCCGGCAUUCCCAUGCACUGGUGUCCCUCUCAUUUUUGAAGAAUCUGCGCUAUAUUAACGGAGAGGAUCAGCUGGAAGGGAAUUAUUCAUUUUAUGUUCUGGACAACCAAAACCUGCAACAGCUAUGGGACUGGAGCCAUCACAACCUGACCAUAAAGGAAGGCAAGAUGUACUUUGCUUUUAAUCCCAGACUCUGUGUUUCGGAGAUCCAGGAAAUGGAGAGGGUUACUGGAACCAAAGACCGGCAGAGUAAAGGUGACGUUAAUCCAAGGAACAACGGAGAGAGAGCGUCCUGUGAAAGCCACAUUCUGAAAUUCAUUUCCAACACAACCAGGAAGAAUCGGAUCAUGCUAACCUGGGAACAGUAUCGCCCCAAAGACUACAGAGAUCUGAUUAGCUUCACCGUUUAUUACAAAGAGGCACCUUUCAAGAACGUGACAGAAUAUGAUGGGCAAGAUGCAUGCCGCUCUAACAGCUGGAACCUGGUUGAUGUGGACCUUCCUCAAAAUAAAGAGGACAAUCCGGGGAUUUUGCUACAGGCGCUUAAACCAUGGACUCAGUAUGCCAUUUAUGUCAAGGCUGUCAUGCUCACUAUGAUGGAGAAUUACCAUGCUCAUGGAGCAAAGAGUGAGAUCGUCUACAUCCGAACGAAAGCUGCAGUACCAUCUGUUCCUCUGGACGUCAUUUCAGCUUCCAAUUCUUCCUCUCAGCUGAUUGUGAAAUGGAACCCACCCACUUUCCCCAAUGGCAACCUCUCCUACUACAUUGUGCGGUGGCAACAGCAGCCUCAGGAUAGUUACCUUUAUAGGCACAACUACUGCUCCAAAGAUAAAGUCCCAAUUCGGAGGUAUGCCGACGGCACCAUCGAUACGGAGGAAGCAACUGAACCUACCAAACCUGAGGGUUCUGGGGGAGAAAGGGGACCUUGUUGCUCCUGCCCAAAGACAGAGGCAGAGAAGCAGGCAGAGAAAGAGGAGGCGGAAUACAGAAAAGUCUUCGAGAAUUUUCUGCAUAAUGCCAUCUUUUUGCCCAGGCCUGAUCGGAAGCGGAGGGAUCUGUCGCCUGUUGCAAACACAACCUUUGCUCACAAGAACAGGACUGCCACAGCCCCAGAGCACUUUGCCAAUGAAUCGGAUGCUGAGGAGGCCGAGAUGGAGUUUCCCUUCUUCGAAAGCAAAGUGGAAGGCCGGGAGCGGACGCUUAUCUCUCACCUCUUGUCUUUCACGCUCUACCGUAUUGACAUCCACAGCUGCAAUCAUGAAGCUGCAAAUCUCGGCUGUAGCGCCUCUAACUUUGUUUUUGCAAGAACCAUGCCUGCAGAAGGAGCUGAUAACAUUCCAGGGCCAGUAACGUGGGAAGGGAAGGAAGAAAACAUUAUAUACCUCAAGUGGCCAGAACCGGUUAGCCCCAAUGGGUUGAUCUUGAUGUAUGAAAUCAAAUAUGGGCAAAAUGGAGAGGAGAAGCGAGAAUGUGUUUCAAGGCAAGAAUACAAGAAACUUCGAGGUGCCAAACUGACACAUCUGAACCCUGGAAAUUAUUCUGUCCGAGUUCAAGCCACAUCACUGGCUGGGAACGGAUCCUGGACUGAGGCAAUCUCAUUCUAUGUGCAGCCCAAAACACCGAAUUACGGGGGUUUCUUGCACCUGAUUAUUGUUCUACCCAUUGCUGUCAUUUUGAUCAUUGGAGGGCUGCUCAUCAUGCUGUAUGUCUGUAAUAAAAAGAGGAACAGUGACAGGCUUGGAAACGGAGUGCUCUAUGCCUCUGUGAACCCAGAAUAUUUCAGCGCCUCAGAUGUGUACGUUCCAGAUGAAUGGGAAGUACCCCGGGAAAAGAUUACCAUGUGCCGAGAAUUGGGGCAGGGCUCCUUUGGAAUGGUGUAUGAAGGGAUAGCGAAAGGCGUGGUUAAGGACGAGCCAGAAACCAGGGUGGCCAUCAAAACAGUCAACGAGUCAGCAAGCAUGCGAGAGCGGAUCGAGUUUCUGAAUGAGGCUUCGGUGAUGAAGGAGUUCAACUGCCACCAUGUCGUGCGGCUGCUUGGAGUUGUUUCUCAAGGCCAGCCCACGCUGGUCAUCAUGGAACUUAUGACCCGUGGAGACUUGAAGAGUUACCUGCGGUCACUCCGACCAGGCACAGAGAAUAACCCGGCUCAUAUUCCUCCAGCCCUAAAGAAGAUGAUUCAGAUGGCAGGCGAGAUUGCGGAUGGCAUGGCUUAUCUCAAUGCCAACAAGUUUGUCCACAGAGAUCUCGCUGCAAGGAACUGUAUGGUGGCUGAGGACUUUACUGUGAAAAUUGGAGAUUUUGGCAUGACGAGAGAUAUAUACGAGACCGAUUACUAUCGCAAAGGUGGGAAGGGACUGCUUCCUGUCCGCUGGAUGUCCCCAGAAUCACUGAAGGACGGCGUGUUCACGACAAACUCGGACGUCUGGUCUUUUGGUGUCGUCUUGUGGGAGAUAGCCACGUUAGCAGAGCAGCCUUACCAAGGCAUGUCCAACGAGCAAGUUCUUCGCUUCGUGAUGGAGGGUGGCCUUUUGGAGAAGCCAGACAACUGUCCUGAUAUGCUUUUCGAGCUGAUGCGCAUGUGCUGGCAGUACAACCCCAAGAUGAGACCCUCCUUCCUGGAGAUCAUCGGAAGCAUAAAGGACGAACUGGACCCAGCCUUCAAAGAGGUCUCCUUCUUCUACAGCGACGAGAACAAGCCGCCCGACACGGAGGAGCUUGACUUAGAGACAGAGAACAUGGAGAGCAUUCCUUUGGAUCCUUCCUCGACCCUCCAACCUUCUGACAAACACUCAGGACAUAAAGCUGAGAACGGCCCUGGCGUGGUGGUCCUGCGGGCCAGCUUUGAGGAGAGGCAGCCGUACGCGCACAUGAACGGGGGGCGCAAGAAUGAGCGAGCCUUGCCUUUGCCUCAGUCUUCGGCCUGCUGACCUUUCAGAACCAGGUUUUUUUUUUUUUUUGUCGUUGUCGCGAAACCGUGCAUCUGCACAAGCAUCGGGAGAGGGGUGGGGGAGAGAGAGCAAGCAAAGCAAGAAAGAAAAAUAACAAUAUAUUCAAAAGCCUACUGUACCUCAGUGGAUCUUCAGAACUGUCAUAGCUGCACACAGGAGAAUCCUCUCUUCAGUUUAAAAGUUGAACUAGCAUUUUUCCUCUUUUUUCUUUUUCUUUUUUUCAAUAUGCAAGCAGAAGAUUGUUUCAAAGCAAAAAAAAAAAAACUCUGAAUGUGGGGCACACACUCAGCCUUCUAAAACUCUUUGACAGUAACAAUAGCAAAUGAAAACUUGAGAAUCUGA